CGCGCCCGGGCGUCAGUCCGGCCGCGGCGACGGCGGCAGGAUCGUGUCGCGGCGACCCUUCGGGAUACGCUCGGCUUCAGGGCUGCUCCAGGAGGAAGAGAGCGAGGCGCCGGCGCGGCGAGCCGCAGGGCCCGCGGGCCGGGCGCAUGGCUUAGGGACGCCCCCUCCCGCAGCGCCCCCAGCAUGGGGAAACUUCACUCCAAGCCGGCCGCCGUGUGCAAGCGCAGGGAGAGCCCGGAAGGUGACAGCUUCGCUGCGAGCGCCGCCUGGGCUCGGAAAGGCAUUGAGGAGUGGAUCGGGAGGCAGCGCUGCCCUGGUGGCAGCUCCGGAUCCCGACAGCUGCGGGCGGCUGGCACCGUUGGCAGAGGAACGCGGGAGCUCGUGGGUGAAGUUUUCAGAGAAACGCUCAGCGAGGAGGAAGAGGAAGACUUUCGGCUAGAAGUGGCCCUGCCUCCUGAGAAGACGGAUGGGCUGGCCAGUGGAGAUGAGAAGAAGAUGGAGAAGACAGGCGAAUCCUGCCCGGGCUCCAAGAAGCAGCUGAAAUUCGAAGAGCUGCAGUGUGACGUGUCUGUGGAGGAGGACAGCCGGCAGGAGUGGACCUUCACUCUGUAUGACUUUGACAACAAUGGCAAGGUCACCCGUGAGGACAUCACCAGCCUGCUGCACACCAUCUACGAGGUGGUCGAUUCCUCCGUCAACCACUCCCCGACGUCGAGCAAGACGCUGCGGGUGAAGCUCACCGUGGCCCCCGAUGGGAGCCAGAGCAAGAAGAGCAUCCUUCUCAAUCACCCCGACCUGCAGAGCACCAGGCCCAGAGCGGAGACCAAGCCCGCCGAGGAGCUGCGAAGCUGGGAGAAGAAGCAGCGGGCCCUCCUCAGGUUCCAGGGUGACAGCCGUCUGGAACAGUCCGGCUGCUACCACCAUUGCGUGGAUGAGAACAUUGAGAGGAGAAACCACUACUUAGAUCUCGCUGGGAUAGAAAACUACACGUCCCAGUUUGGGCCUGGCUCCCCGUCAGUGGCCCAGAAGUCAGAACUGCCACCCCGCACCUCCAACCCCACUCGAUCUCGCUCCCACGAGCCAGAAGCCAUCCACGUCCCACACCGAAAGCCCCCAGGCGUGGACCCCGGCUCCUUCCACUUUCUUGACGCCCCAUUCGCCAAGGUCUCGGAGGUCCAGCAGCGGCUCCGGGGUGGUACCCAGGACGGGAGCAAGCACUUUGUGAGGUCCCCCAAGGCCCAGGGCAAGAGCGUGGGUGUGGGCCACGUGGCCAGAGGGGCAAGAAGCAAACCCCCCAUGGGACCUGCUGUCCCUGCGGUGUCCCCAUCCGCCCACCUGGCUGCCAGCCCGGCCCUCCUCCCCACUCUGGCGCCCCUCGGGCACAAGAAGCACAAGCACCGCGCCAAGGAGAGCCAUCAGGGGUGCCGGGGCCUGCAGGCGCCCCUAGCCGUGGGCGGCACCGUCGUGGGGCGGGACCACGUCAGGGAGCUGCCCGCGGUGGUGGUGUACGAGAGCCAGGCCGGCCAGGCGGUCCAGAGACACGAGCACCACCACCACCACGAACACCACCACCAUUACCACCACUUCUACCAGACCUAGAGCCCCGCCCCCGCC